AAUCAUUGAGGCACUAGCCCUGUCAAGACAGUUGCUAUAAGGUCUUGCUGCACUCUGCUGCGUCUCCUGCCCUCUCCCAGCUCUCAUUGUACGCUAGGAUCCUGGGUUUUUUUAUUCUUAACAAUUUCCCGUGUGACGGCUCGAGUUUCUGCACUAUUUCUGUGAGUGAGUGCUAUUUCCUAAUUCAAUAGACAAAAAAAGGGAAUCGCGACGACGAUAUAUAUAUUUUUGGUCUUUUUUCGUUGAAGCUGCGAUAUAAUUUAUUCAGUUUUAUUACACUCUAGGAUUCCUCACACAGUUUCUCCAUUCAGAGGUUUUUCUCCUUCUUUUGUUCCUUUUUCUUCCCUUUCAACAAUGCCUAUAAACACGAAUCUUACUCCCCGCGAUGUUCCUUGGGAUGUUACUGCGGACCAUUUGACUACCCAGUACAAGUCUUUCUACUUGAGUUUUGACGACAACUCUUUCGGCUAUGUUCAGUUUGCCUAUGGUAACCUUGGUUUGUUUAUUAAGGUUUCUCCAUUGGGCUGGACAUACUACCCAAGUCCCGAGGAAGCACCAAAUGAGCCUAUCAUUGGUAGUUCCACCCAUUUGUUUCGCAGCAUGAAGAUCUCAAAGGAUCGUUUCAAGGUGACCGUGUCUGGAAACGACUUCAACAUUGAUCCUGAAGCGAAAAAGUGCCAUGUAACCAUUAAGGGACUCUACGAUCUCCACAUUGAGAUGGAAGGUGAGGGUUAUCAAGUAAAGGACUUUGGCCGCACGUCCAAGGUCGAGUUUAUGAGACAUCGUACCUUUCCCAUGAACAAGGUUACUGGUACGGUUACUGCUUACGGCAAAACAAAAAAGGUUACUGGUAACGCGGUUGCUGUCGAUGCCAUGUUCUUUCGCGACAAGUUUACCAGUUUUGGCCACACUUGGCAGAACGCAAUGCUCUUUGACAGAGAGCAGAAACAUGUGCUUACUUGUUUGCACUACUACACUCGUGAUCAACCCAUGUCUGCUGCUCGUUCGCCUUCUCAGGCCAGUUUGACACUGGACGGUAAGUUGGUUUCAGUCAUGCUUGACAACGAGUACUAUCAAGACGAAUGCCAUUCACCCGACGGUCUGCGUUAUGAGCUUCCAAAGACGGUUCGUCGCGUCCUGUCCGGUAAAACAUUUGACGGUCGUUCGGUGCAGGUAAAGCUGCGAGCAGAACUGGAAACGAUUGGCAGUAUCACUGACGUACUUAAAAUUUUCCCCAAGUGGGCCAAGGAUCUCGUGUCCAUUUGGGCUGGUUUGCCUUAUGUUUUCGUUUGGUUGCAAAACAUGGCUGCCGAUGUGUACAUUGACGGUAAGCAUGAAUGCCAGCUCUCUGGUGCCGGCUAUGUCGAACAAACCUGUGUCCAUUACCCUCCCUCGGAAUCUGAGAAAUAGUUCUCCUUAGUUGUCGACUCAAGGGUUGGCGUCUGAAACACUAUUUCAUCUCCUCACUUUAAUCCCUUUUGCGAAAUCUUCAGUUACUCAAUUUUUUCCUUUUUUUUUUUGCAAUCGCAUCUGGGCUUAUGAAUGGCAUGUAACGCUACUACUACUAUUGAUAUGAUGAGUUUACGACUACUUUCGUUCAUACCCAAUACACAAACAAGCACGCACAUACAAAUGCAUAUACACCUGCGAGUACAUGAUAGCACAGGUACACAGACACCUAUCACACAACGUUUAUACACGCACACACGCAUUCUUAAUUAUGUUUUACGCUCAUGUUACGGUUUCAAGUUGCUCGCGGAUGAGCAAUCGGUUGUUCCCUAUGGAUAGGUACAGGGUGUUUGGAUGUCCAUCGUUUACGCCUAUCCUUUUCCUUUAUUCUACGUGGUUAUACGACUGUUUGUCGUGGUCAAAGCAUCUGUCGGUCCGUCAUUUGCUUUCGUACUCUUGUCAACCCAUGGGCGGAUUGGGUUGAUCCAAGAUCAUUUCUUCUCGUUUACACACCUACUCCAUUCUCUUUAAGUUCUUUUAAUAAAUGUUCUGUUUU